UCUCUGUUUCUCCCCCAUCCAUUUCCUCACAAAAUCAGUUCAUUAUUCAACCUCCAAAAUUCCCACAAUUAAAUUUUUGCUUUCCAUCCCUCCCAAGGCGGAGACACACAAAUCUCCACCGCCACCGGCCGCCGGAGAAUACACAAAAUGGCGUCGUUGCCGUCGUCGUCCAAUAAACAUUGCCUCUUCUGUCUCGCCCUUCUCUUCCUCCUCAUCGCCAUCGCCGCCUCCUCCUCCUCCUCCUUCCUCUCCUACGACGCGCUCACAGCAGGCAAAUUUUCCGGCGCCGGCCGCUUGCGUUCCCUUCUUCAGGCUAAAAAAGAUUGCCCCAUAGACAUGGAGGGGAAGAACUACACAAUCAUAACAAGCAAGUGCAAAGGACCGAAUUACCCUCCCUCAGUUUGCUGCAACGCACUGCUGGAAUUCUGCUGCGACUUUGUGGAUCAAUUAAACGACAUGUCGAACAACUGCGCCGAGACGAUGUUCAGCUACAUCAAUCUGUACGGGCAGUACCCACCUGGGCUGUUCGCCAACCAAUGCAAAGAUGGAAAAGAUGGCCUUUCCUGUGACUCCAUCGCUGCCCAGAAGGAGAAAGAUGGCAUCAAAACUUCUAAUUCUUCUUCUGCUUCUCCUCCUCCCGCCGUCGCCGCCGCCCUCCCUCUCCUCGCCCUUCCUCCUCUCAUCUAUUUCUUCUUGUAGAACCACUCUCAUUUUGUAUUUCGUUCUUCGAAUUGUCUGUCUCGCUACCAUACAUUGAAUAUGUGACAUGUUUUCUAUCUAUACCUUGUGUUUUGUAAGACGCAUUUUUUAACAGCUAUUUUAUAUUAGGUUAGGUGGUAAAAAAUAUAGGGAAGUUAGUGCAUUUUUAGAUGGAUCAGAUAAAUAUGUGAGA